UAUUUUUUGUUGGUGAAAAAAGUCCAUCUAUCCCCAGAGGGCGAGGGCGAGGGCGAGGGGAGGAUGGCCAUGGCGUUCCCCUCCAUCUCAUCGACGGCGUCGGCGUCGUCGGCGUAUCCCGCUAGAAGUAUCUCCCCACUGCGCCGCCGCCCCGGAUUCCUCGCCCUCGUCCUCGUCGCCCUCCUCCUUUUCCUCUCCUUCCAGCUCGUGAUUCAUGUCCCCUCCCUCAGAUCGGCAGUGUCCCUGUGGCUCUUCUCCGAUCUCCUCGCUGAGCGCAACGGCCCCGGGAGCCGCAAUGUGCAGGACAUGGAUAAUGCCGAUAAGACUAUUGCUUACACGGACCAGGAUGGUCGGAUUAAGCUCUUUAAAGUUACCACAAGAGAAUUCCUAUCGUCCUCUAUCUGGAUGAAUCCUUUGUUGCCCAAAAUUACCCAGCCAGUACCUCAAACUCAAGAGGUUGCAGAGGAGCAGUCACUAGCUGCUGGGUCUGAAGUCUCCAAUAUUUCAAGCACAGUAACUUUGGAAACCAGAAGAAAUGAUCCAAUUAAAUUAAAGAGAGAGGUAUUCCGCCGCAAAAGGAAGGAGAAUAGGAUUCAGGAGUUGCUUCAGAUAGACAAGGAGACCGAACUCCAUAUGAGAAAUGUGGCCACAAACAGAUCAAGGAACUUCAGUAAUAAAGUAAGAGCCAGCUACAACAUAUGGAGGCCAGAGUUCCACCAUACUAAUACGGACUCAACCCUGAGACUCAUGAAAGAUCAGAUAAUAAUGGCCAAGGUGUAUGCCACGAUUGCACAUUCCCAGAAGCAACCUGAUCUAUACGCAUUGCUUAUGAAGUGCAUUAAACAAAGCCAAGCAGCCAUUGGGGAUGCACACAUGGAUCAUGAACUUGACUCAAGUGCUUUAGAGCGGGCAAAAGCUAUGGGACAUGCAUUGUCUUCUGCUAGAGAUGUUCUAUACAACUCGGGUGAAGUAUCGAGAAGAUUGCGCGUUAUGCUGCAGUCUACAGAACUAAAUAUCGAUAGUGUUAAGAAGCAGAACUCGUUCCUGGUGCAGCAUGCUGCAAAGACUGUCCCCAUGCCCUUGCACUGUCUGCAUAUGCAGUUGACAACCGAUUAUCAUUUUCGUGAUGGUGUGAUCAAGGAGUAUUUCCGUGGUGCUGCUCUGAAGGAAGAAGAAGAAAAAGCAAAGCGUGAGGAUCGGUCACUAUACCACUAUGCUAUAUUUUCAGAUAAUGUCCUUGCAGCCUCUGUAGUGGUCAGAUCAGCUGUGACGCAUGCCAGGGAACCAGAGAAGCAUGUGUUCCACAUCGUCACUGAUAGACUUAAUUUUGCAGCAAUGAUGAUGUGGUUUAUAAGUCAUCCUCCUCUACCUGCUACUGUCCAUGUGGAAAAUAUUGACAACUUCAAAUGGCUCAAUUCAUCAUACUGUUCGGUUCUACGGCAACUUGAGUCAGCUCGGCUCAAAGAGUACUAUUUCAAAGCACAUGAUCCAUCAUCACUCUCUGAUGGAAAUGAAAAUCUGAAGUACAGGAACCCCAAAUAUCUGUCUAUGCUUAACCAUCUAAGGUUCUACAUGCCAGAAAUACAUCCCAAGCUCGACAAGAUACUGUUUCUCGAUGACGAUGUUGUUGUGCAGAAGGACUUGACACCACUAUGGGACAUUGAUCUUAAAGGGAUGGUAAAUGGUGCAGUUGAAACCUGCAAAGAAAGUUUCCAUCGCUUUGACACGUACCUUAAUUUCUCACACCCAAAGAUAUCAGAGAACUUUGAUCCACGUGCUUGCGGAUGGGCCUUUGGGAUGAACAUGUUUGACCUGAAAGAGUGGAAGAAGCAAAAUAUCACCGGAAUAUAUCAUUAUUGGCAAGAUCUGAAUGAGGAUCGCAAGCUGUGGAAGCUGGGUACAUUGCCUCCAGGACUGAUUACUUUCUACAACCUGACGUACCCGUUGAAUCGCACUUGGCAUGUGUUGGGCCUUGGCUAUGAUCCAGCUGUUGACCUCGCUGAGAUUGAGAAUGCAGCGGUAGUUCAUUACAAUGGGAAUUACAAGCCCUGGUUAGACCUUGCUAUUUCUAAGUACAAGCCCUACUGGUCCAAGUAUGUAGAUCUUGACAACUCACACAUUCAACACUGCUAUAUGAGUGAGCACUGACCUGUAAUUCUUCACCCAGUUUUUGUUUCUCUUUGGGAAUGAGUUUUGUAGUAUAGGUUAUUCACCAGUAGGAAGCUAGGCAGAAUAGUGAUACGAAUAACAUGGUUCAGACUCCGUGAUCUUGUCACUCUUACGCUCAAUAAUUGUCGAGUGGUUUACACCUUGCAGUUGCAGCAUAGUAUUCAUUCUCUAUUUUAAUA